AGCGACUCCUCCCAAUAGAUCUCACAACUUCAUUUACGAAUUUUUUUUUAUUAUUUAAAUUAAUUAAUUUAUUCAAUUUAAUUUAAUCUAACAAAGCGCAACCGUAAAACCGCACCGUUUAAUAGAAGUAAUGAAACGACGUCCGGUGAUUAUAUCUAAACAAUAAAAACGUUGACGAAGAAAAAUAAUAAUGAGGUGAGUGUUGUGGCGCGUGCGCAAUCAUGUAGUGUGUCUAAUAAUGUCAAAUGGAGAAGUGAAUAACGAAGGGAAAUUGGUGAAGAAAAUCGUUGGAAAACGCCUUGGAACGGCGACACGCCCAAAGGAAAUGUAACGGGCAACCAAAAGGGACCGGAAAAGUGGCCCGAAAAACCGCGAGCGGCUAAAAUGUCGAGCGUGCCAUGGUCCGCCUCGAGCUGCUCCUGCUGCCUCCAGUUCAAAUACAGCCCCGAAGAGAUCGAACAGAUGCGCAGGAGCCGCGACAUCGACAAACGUAUCAAACGGGACAAACAAGUGAUGAAGAGGCAAGUUAAAUUACUCCUUUUGGGUGCAGGCGAAAGCGGGAAGUCCACCUUUCUUAAGCAAAUGAGGAUCAUCCAUGGGAUUAAAUUUGAAGACGAGCAAAUGAAGGAAUAUCGAGAAGUGAUUUAUCAAAACGUUUUAAAAGGGAUGAAGGUGCUAGUGGAUGCUAGGGAUAAGUUGGGGAUACCUUGGGCUGACUCAAGAAACACAGACAUUGGGGCUAAGUUGCUUCAGUUUAAUAAUCAUACAGUUAUUGAUUAUACAGUUUUUGGAAGGUAUACACCUGAUUUAUCAAGAUUAUGGAAGGAUGUGGGGAUUAAGAGGGCUUAUGAAAGAAGAAGGGAGUUUCAAUUGAGUGAUUCCGUAGAAUAUUUCCUAAACAAUCUCGACAGGAUAGCUCGAAUCGAUUACAUACCAACGCACAAAGAUAUUCUUCAUUGUAGAAAAGCGACGAAAGGAAUAACUGAAGUGGAAAUACCCAUAAAUAAUGUUCCCUUUCUUUUCGUUGAUGUUGGUGGCCAACGAUCGCAACGGCAAAAAUGGUUUCAAUGUUUCGAUUCGGUAACGUCAAUACUUUUUCUUGUUUCAUCAUCGGAAUUCGAUCAGGUAAUUCACGAAGAUCGGAAAACGAAUAGACUCGAAGAGUCGAAAAACAUUUUCGACACCAUCAUCAACAAUCAAAUUUUCACGUCCGUUUCAAUAAUUCUCUUUCUAAAUAAAUACGAUCUGUUGGUGAAAAAAGUCGCGAAUCCCGAGACGGAUAUCCGUUGGUAUUUUCCGCAAUUUUCCGGUAAUUCGCAUUCGAUACAAGAGGUGCAAACGUUUAUAUUGGCUAUGUUUACGGGCGUUAAACGAGAACCGAAGAAAUCUCUUUACCAUCACUUUACCACUGCCGUAGAUACGGAAAAUAUUAAAGUAGUGUUUAAUUCGGUUAAGGACACUAUUUUAAAUAGAAAUUUGGAUAUACUUAUGUUACAGUAAUGUAUUUUACAAGGUUUUAAACUUGUUAAAUAUUUUUUAUUGAUAAUUUUCUCAAUAAUGACAGUUAUAUAACCUCAAAAUUUUUUUUGAAUUUGACAUUUGACAAGUAAUCUAACCUCAAAUUUUUUUUUAACCAAAUAUUUUUUAAGAAAGAGUUAUUUUUUAAAUUUUUUUAUUAUAAUUCAUUCAAAAUAGGUAAAGCAUCUGCUGGUGGAGCUGUAUGAAUUAUAUUUGCAAAAUUAAAUUAUGUAAUUUAAUUUUUUCGAUUUUUAUCACAAAAAAAUUCGUUUUAUACACAUCUUUUAAUUUACAAUUAAAUAAUGACAGUUACAUAAUCUCAAAUAAAAAUUUAAAAGUGAUAUUGAUCUUAAAAAAUAUUUAACAAAAAAACUUGAAUCGAGGUUAAUCUCCUGAAAACUUCAAUUGAAAAUGGAAGUUGUGCCUUUUAAUUUUAGAUAAAUGCACAGUAAUAUUAUACAGUAAAUUUUUAUAUAAACUUUUUAAUUGAAUAUUGUCGAUUAUUGAGAACUCCGAAAUCUAGGUUUUGUUUCUCAUUUUUUUUUUUUUUAAUUAAACGUCGUCGUGCGAUCGCUGUGCCAAUAAUUUAAUUUAUAAAGUCUCUAUUACUAUCGUCGAGUCUGUAUUUUCAUGUGAUAUUUAUCGUGUAGUCUAAGAAGUUAUGUAUAUGUAUUCAGUUAAAAAAAAAAUUAUAAUAUGAUGAUUACUUACAUACAAACAAGAAAGAAAACGGCGCCAAUGUAAACUUUACGUUUUUUAAUUAUAAUUUUUUUAGGAUAUUUUAGUAAUUAAUUGAGGAAAACUAUUUGCAUUUUCGUGGUGACGAAAAACAUGCAUUUCUUUUUAUGUAAAAAGUUGUAUAUAAAAUUUGUAAAUUGUACAGAAAAGAAAUAUUAUUCGCCUUCCUGAAAUGGUUUUCAAAAGAAUGAAAUUUUUAAUUUUUUUAAUUGUUUAACGAUAAUAUACAAACUAUAAGUGCCUUGACAAGAACAAAGCAUACAAUAGACGUUUUUUAGAAUGUACCCCAUUUUUUCUUUUUGUAAAUAUUUAAUCGUCUAUUGACAUUUAAGUGCGCGUCAUUAUUUUUGUAUCUGUUGUUGAUAUUACCAAAUAUAUACUUUUAAAAUUUUA